GCUUGUUAGUAUUUAAACUAUCCAACGGACUACGUUACCAUGCCUCCCACAAUGCCUCAUUUGAAAACGGUUUCUAGUAUGAAAUACUACUUUGCCACACAUUAUCCAGAGGUCCAUUUACAUCACCUUUCCUCAUCUGGCCACACAUUGCUGCCAUGGCUCGUGUUAAAAGUUACCUUACUCUUCUGCUGCUAUUCCUUCCUGAGGGGCUCUCUCAGCUGGUGAGAACACAGCAGGUUGUCAUAGCAACCCUGGGAGAGGAUGCUCACUUCAGCUGCAGGCUCAUGAAACCCAAAGAUGUGCUUCAAGUCACCUGGCAGAAAGUGACACCAGGGGCGACUGAAAAUGUGGCCAGCUACAACAAACGAUUUGGACCAGUAGUCAACCCACCUUUUCAGAGGAACGUGGAGUUUGAAGACGAGGGACUGCAGAACUGCUCUAUUGUCAUCAGAGGAGUGUCAAGAGGAGACGAGUCCUGCUACAAGUGUCUGUUUAACGCCUAUCCAGAGGGAGCUAUCAGUGGCAGGACCUGCCUCCAAAUUAAUGAGCUGUAUGGACCCUCACUCCUCAUCACACAAACCAACAACAGUCACACCACUCUGUCCUGUUCUGCUACUGGACGACCUGCUCCUACAGUAACCUGGGACCACGUAGAAAACAUCAGUCUAGACAAAUCCACCAUGGCUGAUGUCACCCAUCCCAAUCAAACAGUCACUGUCACCAUAACUGCCAUGGUGGCAGCGUCCAGUCUACCUGACAAAGACACCAGGGUCGGGUGUGUAGCAUCAUCCGUUGGGGUCGUCAAGGAUGUCUCCAUGGUGAUUCCAACUAGGGAUCAAGCUUCAUUUGCAGGUCAAUCUCAGGUCUCUGAUGACAGCAGGAUCAGUGGUACAGUGGUUGGUGCAGUGAUGGGUUCAAUGUGUCUCAUUGCUGGAAUCUGUGUAAUACUUUGGUUUCUUAAGAGGAGAAACAAUACCUCAUCCAGAAAAGCCCCAGUGUCUGGCCCAGAAUUCAGCAGGACUCCAACAAAGACAACAACUGAAUGGGAAACGCCAACCUCCAGUCCACCAACCAGGGACACACAAACCUUCACUCCAUCACGAAUGACCACACCAAUCUCCAGUCCAUUCAAAAUUUUAGACUCCCUCAGCUCCUCAGCCAAGCGUAUGAUGCAACAAGCACAAGGUGUUGUAAAGAAAAUAUCUCCUGAGAGACCAGAUGACCUGCAAUGUAGAAGGAAACUUUUAGAGGGUGACGAGAACUGAGGGACGACCAUACUGCCUCUGUAACGGUCUUCUUGAGUUGAAGGAGAGGCGGACCAAAACGCAGCGUGGUUAUUAUUCCUGGUUCUUUAAUCAAGAAACUAUACAUGACUAGACUAACAAAACAAGAAAUGUGGGGGUGGAACCCAAACCAGCCCUAUCUGGUGCAAACACCCACAAAACCCAACACCAAACAGGCUACCUAAAUAUGGUUCCCAAUCAGAGACAAUGACUAACACCUGCCUCUGAUUGAGAACCAUAUCAGGCCAAACAUAGAAAUAGACAAACUAGACAUGUAACAUAGAAUGCCCACUCAGAUCACACCCUGACCAAACAAAACAUAGAAACAUACAAAGCAAACUAUGGUCAGGGUGUGACAGCCUCACACACAUCUGUGUGGUUCGGAGAAUGUUUCUAUCCAUGGGCAUUGUGGGUACUGAAUAGUGGACUGAAUGGCUGACACACACAGGCCUGCUGGUUAUUGUAUAUGUAAAUACAGUCUGUAUGUAAAUAUAUUUUGUAGUUGGUUAAUGAUGAAACAUGAGAAAUCCACACUAGACUUGUGGUUUUAUACUUCACUUAUUUAUAAAUCACGUGUUGUGAUAUUAUAACCUACACAAUGUCAUAAUGUCGACUACUUUCAUGGUGUGUGGUUUUCUUUCUUCACUCUUUAUAAAUCAAAUGUUUUUUUAUGAUACACAAUGUUGUAAUGUCCUUUGUUGUGGGUGUGUGUUUGUUUUCUACUUUUAUCAAUACAAUUUUAAACAACGUUGUAGUGUAUGUUGUGACAUCAGCUUGUUAUACAGUGUGUCAUAAAUCUGCUGCUGGGAAUGCUUAAAAAAUGAA